AUGGCGCUCAACGCUGCGGACGCUCUCUUCAUGGACGAGCUCUUCGCCGACCUCGACGCUUCCCACUUCUCCAUUCCUCCCUCGCAGAGCCCGCCAAAGCCCAAGCCAAUCCGCCUACAAGGCUCACAGACAUCGAAAGUGCAGAAUUCAUGUCCCUCCCGCCCUAGAGCAGCCCUCUCCGAAACGACUCGCUUCCAAACUCAGCCAACUCUCGACCUCGAUCUAGAGGACUGGUUUCAGCAGCCAGCGCCGCCCACGCCAAAGCUCGCGUCACGUCAUUCGCCAUCGGCCGUGAAACGUCAGAAGUUAGAUCGCGGUCUCGAAGCUACCACCAGUACCGGUGCGUCGGCUUCCAAUACGCCUCGACAACCUCGCGAGCAAUGCACGUACGUCCGGUGUCGUGUCGUGGCAACAGUCCACGGCUCGUACAACGUUGCCAGUGACACGCACACCGGCCCUGCACGCACACGGCCCGAGCACCUUCUCGUUCUCGAAAAAGACCAACUUGACUCAAGGAGCAAGCGAGCAGACGGAGUACGACCUCAGGACGCUCAGCAGGCCGAUGUGUAUCUUGCUUCUUUGCGCGACGACUGGAUGCAGACUAUCGUCAGCACCGGCGACAUCGUCCAUCUCGUCGGCCGCUUCGAACGCGACUUGAGAAAGGUGCCAAUCCUCCUCGAGCAGCACAGCAAUGCAAGCGCAUCAAACAAGGGCAGGUCGGCACCGCACCCUGCGAUCGAGAUAGCACUCGAAGAACCAGCUGCUAAUCCGGCUCCCCCACCUGACGUCCGCGCAGAAUCGGUGGAGAGCGAUGACGAGCUGUGGGAUGAUCUCGCCUCGAUGCCGUCCUUGUCGCAGUGCGCCACCCAGGAGAUGCUCGCGUCCGAUGACGCUCCACAGGCUCAGCUCAUGAUCUUGGCUUCAAGGUCAACAGACGCCGACAGCGCAGAUAACGCUCUAGACAACCUCCUCGUGGUUCAUCCCGACGUCUUGGUGCCGGCCACCAAAGUCGCUGAUGUCGCCUCAUGCAUUCGCAAGCCCGUCGUUCAAGACCGACUCCGCGGCGCUUCCGAUACAACGGUCAGCCUUGUGAUGGGCAACAUGCUCCACGAACUCCUCCAGGCCUGUCUCACCGCGCCACCUCCCCCAACCACCCAAGCCUUCCCACCACCCAAAUUUGAGGACGGCGAAUCGAUGCCUACCGCAGAAGUCAAGGCCGUGUCUCCCUGGCCGGAGCGAUGGCAGGGUAUUGGCGACUUCAGCAGAGCCUUUGUGGACCAUCAGAUCGAAGAGCAGGUGCGCUCCAACGUCGAGAGCCUGUAUGCCAUCGAGCUCAGUGCCGAAGACGCCACUGCUCAACUCCGCGAGAAAGCAGCUGCCUUUGCUCGCUUCGCGCAUGUCUUUCUACAACACGAAGCCGAAGCUUCUUUCCAUCCCGAGGCCAAUCUUCGCGAACAAAGCCGUGGCCCCGAGUCGAAGCCGGCAAAGGUGCGCAUUCGCCGCAUCCUCGAUGUGGAAGAGGAGAUCUGGAGCCCGGCCUUUGGGCUCAAGGGUAAGGUCGACGUCUCGGUCGAGUGCGACAUCGCCGAGGGCUCCGACCCGAAGCCGUCGCGCAAGGUUGGCUCGAAUAGCAACGGUGCCUUUGCGCGAGGCGUGCAGAAGCAAGAUUCGGAAGCGCCGCCAGCAUCCAAGGUGACCACAUCCGUGGUCCCGCUUGAGCUCAAGACGGGCCGAGCCGAGGUGGUUUCAACCGAGCAUCGCGCACAGACGAUGCUAUAUACGCUCAUGAUGUCAGACCGCUACGCCACACGAGUGAACGACGGACUGCUGUACUACUCCAAGUCCGGCGAGAUGCACCGCAUCAGCCGCAGCCGCAACGAGGUUCGCAGCCUCAUCAUCGGACGCAACGAGCUGGCUCACUACCUGCGUCACAACCCGAGUCGGCUCGCCAAGCCCGACCCCGAGGCGGCGCAGACCGAUCGCGUUCGGGUCCUGCCACCCACCAUCGACAGCGAGUACAAGUGUCGCAGGUGUUACGCCGUCGACGGGUGCAUGCUGUUCCGCCGCGCCAUCGAGAACGUCGUCGAGCCGAAAGAGGAGUCGAAUACGUCACACGAAGACGUCUCGAGGCUCAGCGUCGCGGAGGCACAGGGCACGGACCUGGUCUUGGCGAGGAGGACGCCGAUUGCGGAUGUGUACGAGCAGAAAACGUCGCAUCUGACAGCCGUGCAUCUCGAGUUUUUCCGCAAGUGGGACCGACUCCUGAAUCUCGAGGAGGAGGACGCCGUGCGCAUCCGCAGAGAGAUGUGGACCAUGUCGGCCGAGCAACGCGAAAAGGCAGGACGAUGCUUUGCCAGCAUGCGCCUGGACCUCAACGCCUUGCAGCUUGAGGAAGCCUCGGCAGCGCCGGCAUCGUCGUCGAUGCGCCGCGUCGUUCACCGCUUCGUUCGCCACUGCCAGGCGGGACAGGAUGCCGAGGCGAGCGUGCUAGCUGGUCACAUCUCGGUCAACGACCCCGUGACGAUCUCGAUCGAGCCGGACAUGCUCUCGGUCGCGCAGGGAUUCGUGACCCGAGUCACGCCCACAUCGGUCGACAUCGGCCUAGAUCAUUCGCUGGAUGCGGUUAUGCAGCGGGCUCUCGAACGAGAUGCCGAAGGCAGUGUUGACGGACCGGUAGGAAACCAGGUUGCUGCGGACCGUGUGGUGUUCCGCAUCGACAAGGACGAGUUCGGAAGCGGCAUGGGUCGAGUUCGAGCCAAUCUGGCCGCGCUCUUCCUGACGCCGCAGAGGGGCGGUGAUGUGAAGCGGCGCGAGCUCGUGGUCGACAUGCGUGCACCGCGGUUCCUCGAGCCUGUGCAGGACGAACGCGUGCGUAUGGUCGUGGCGGAGACGCGGGCGGACGCGAGCCUGAACGAGGAUCAGCGUAUAGCGAUUGACAAGGUGCUGUCAGCCCAAGACUAUGCGCUCGUGCUCGGCAUGCCCGGCACGGGCAAGACCACGACGAUCGCCAAGCUGAUCCAGCUGCUCGUGCGGCUUGGCAAGCGCAUCUUGCUGACGAGCUACACGCAUUCUGCCGUCGACACGAUCCUGCGCAAGCUCGCCGAGGACGAGCCCGCAAAGGGCGAGGAGGAGGCGAUGCGGAUCUUGCGUCUGGGUAGCAGGGACAAGGUGCAUGCGGACGCGCACCAAUUCCUGCUGCCGCGCUGCUCGACACUGGAGGAGCUGCGCGAGGCAUUCGAGUCGCCCAACGUGGUGGCAGCGACGUGCCUCAGUGUGCACCACACCUUCUUCUCGUCCGGCAUGGCCAAGCUGCGCAGUCGGCGUGGUGCGGACUCGCCAUCCGAGUCGGCUACCGAUGCGGCGCCCGAGUAUCUUUUCGACUACUGCAUUGUGGACGAGGCGUCGCAGAUCCCGCUGCCGACGUGUCUGGGGCCGCUGCGGUUCGCGGACAAGUUUGUGCUGGUCGGCGAUCACCAUCAGCUGCCACCGCUGGUGAAGAACGCCGAGGCCAAGGCGGGCGGGUUGGACGUGUCGCUGUUCAAGCUACUGUGCGAACGACACGGCGAUGCAGCCAUGGUGGCGCUCAGGUCGCAGUACAGGAUGAACGCCGACAUCAUGCGGCUGGCUAACGAGCUCGUGUAUAGCGGGCAGCUCAGGGCGGGCACGGAGCAGGUCAGGGAUCGAAGGUUGGAGCUUCCGCAUCUGGAGGCGGCUUUGCAAGGCGCGGGAGUGGGCGGGUGGAUGGAGGAAAUACUGAAGCCGGAAAGCAAGGUGAGGUUUAUCGACACGGCCGGAUUGCCGCUCGAGAUGGUGGGAGAGAGUAAGCACGGCGAGCUGGUCAAGAACCAGUUUGAAGCCGAGCUCGUUAUUAGCAUUGCCGAGGCGCUGUUACGUGCAGGAUGCAGUGCGGAUCAGGUUGGGGUGGUGACUCCGUAUCGGCAGCAGAUCAAGCUGCUGCGUUCGUUGGUGGCGACGCGUGCGAGCGGGGUUGGGAGGCACGCGCUCGAGGAUGUCGAGAUUUUGACCGCGGAUCAGUCGCAGGGUAGAGACAAGGACGUGAUCAUCGUCACGUUCACGCGUGCCAACCAUGUACCGUCAUCCACGGGCGCACGCGGCGGCAGCACAGGUGAACUGCUCAACGACCUGCGCAGACUCAACGUCUCGCUCACCCGCGCCAAACGCAAACUCAUCCUCAUAGGCCAUUCCCCCACGCUCCACGCAUCCAGCGUACUCAGUCCCCUCCUCGACCUCGUCAAACAGCAGGGCUGGAUCAUCAACGUCCCCUCACCCCACCCCACCCUAAGCUCACAGUAG